UAUAGAAAACUUUGGCUGUUUGUUACCAAAAAAUGGAAAGUAAAAUAUUUGUAAAAAUUUUUGCUCUAUUCUGUAUGUAUUUGCUAUGUAGUUUAUACUUUUGGGGAAAUAAUUCUAACUUUUUAAGUAUACAACGACCAAGUCAUUUAUUAUCAACCAAUAUAAAAUUGAAUGUUUUAAAAGAUAUGAGUUUAGUUUGUAAAAGCUUUGAGUAUGAUGUUUCAGAAUGGACAAUAAAGUUUAUGACAUUAAACGAAACAUUUUCAGAAAAAAAUAAAACUCUUAAUGAACUUGAAUGCAAAAAUGAAUUAAACAAGUUGUUAAAAGGUAACAGUGUUAAGCGUAUAAUACACAGUAACAAUUCAGUGGAAAAUCACGGUUGCACAAAAAAAACAACUCAAUGCAAAGAGACGGCUUAUUUUAAUUUUACAUUGAUGAAAAGAAUUAACACUCCUCCAUGUUGUAGAGAAAAAAUUUUGAAGAUUUUAAAACAUUUUACGAAUAAGCUUAAACUAUUGCAUGUGCCCCACAUGUUAGCAUUUGGAUCUGUAUUAGGAUGGGCUCGAAAUGGAAAAAUGAUUUCAUACGAUAAUGAUGCUGAUCUUAUUGUUGAUAAGACAUUUUGGAAUACAACAUUGUUUUUUAAUGUUUUAAAAUUACUAGAAAUAAAACAUGGCCACAAAUCAAUCUUUGCAGACAAAGGACUAAAACUUAAGAUAAGAUAUAGCGAACUUAAUCAUAACUUUAUUGAUGUUUGGCCCUUUGAGAUAAAAAAGCAUAAAAAUACAGCUGUAGUUGAAAUACCACAUAAUGAUUGGAUAAAGCAACCUUUAGAAAAUCUUUUUCCGGGACAGUAUGUAAAUUUCGAUAAUAUAAUGACUUAUGUACCACGUGAUCCAGAUAGAUAUUUAUCUAUUUUGUAUAAAGAUUGGAAAAGGGAACUUGAUUGCUCAUACAUAGAUAGCGACAAGUGCAGCGAAAAUAAUAUCCAAUCAACAACUAAUUCAUUAAAGUUUAAACUAUUUUAUGGUUUAUUGUGUGUAGCAAUAUUUAUUUUUAUACUUGAUAUUAUAUUUAAAUUACAGAUUAAAAGAGUCAAUUAUUAAACGAAACAAUCAUAUGGUUGCUGCUAGAUUCAUGCAAAUGAACUUUGUAGUUGUCUACAUUUGUAGACACGAUUGCUUUAUUUUAGUUAAUUGGACCAAAUUAAAAUAAAUAAUCUUUCAUAAUGUGUUUUAAAAAAGUUAAAUAUAGAGUAUUAUUUUUU